UUUUUCUUCAGGACAAGGUUCAAUGGUUCAAUGGUGCCAGCGUCGCGAUGGCCCUCAUGUUCGUUGUAUUCUUCGCCUUAGGACCAGGUUCCAUACCCUGGUUGAUAGUGGCCGAGUUGUUCUCUCAGGGGUCGAGAUCAUCCGCCAUCAGCGUGUCUGUCCUCGUCAACUGGGUCGCCAACUUCUGUGUUGGGUAUGGCUUUCCCCACAUGCAGAAAGGUCUGAUAAGCUACUCCUUCCUGCCCUUCACGGUGCUGCUGGUGUUGUUCUGGAUAUUCGUGUUCAUGUUCCUGCCAGAAACAAAAGGCAGAACAAUUGAAGAAAUUUCAUCAAUUUGGCGAAAGGAGGGUGACAAAGAAGAUCAGAAGCCCCGAUCAGAAAGCUAUUUGGUUUCCUAUCAGAAGAAUCCCGACAGCUUAUAAAGAAAUGAAAAGCGGAUGAAGGGAAGAAAACUUCCUGAUAGGAGAGCCAUUUGGUUUCAUACACAAAUAAUACUGAUGUCACAUGAUCAAAAAUACGAAGUUUUAAGGAAACGAAAA